AUGCUUCUAAUUGGCCUAACCGGCUCCAUCGCCACGGGCAAAUCCACCGUCUCCACACUUCUCUCCUCCCCACCCUACAACAUCCCCAUAAUCGACGCGGAUGUCAUCGCCCGCAAAGUCGUCGAACCGGGGACUGCAGGCUACCGCGCCAUAGUCGAGUACUUCGGCCCCACAACUCCGGACCUCCUCCUUCCAGAUGACCCCAGCGAUCCAGACGACAAGAACAGGAAUAAGAAGGGCAAAGGCCGCCCCUUAGACCGCCCUGUCCUGGGCCGUCGCGUUUUCGGGGACUCGGAGGAACGCAAACGUGACCGCGCCGUGCUAAAUCGCAUCGUCCACCCAGCUGUGCGCUGGGAGAUGUACCGUCAACUCCUCUACUAUUAUCUCCGCGGAAAUUGGGCGGUGGUGCUGGAUGUGCCAUUGCUGUUCGAAAGCGGGCUCGACGUCCUGUGCGGUACGGUGAUUGUGGUUGGCGUUUCCGAUCCCGCGGUGCAGAUUGCACGGUUGCGGGCCCGGGACCCGCAUCUUAGCCAGGAGGACGCGGAGAAUCGGGUGAAGAGUCAGGGGGAUGUGAAGGCGAAAGUGGCGCGAGCGGAGGCAAGGGGUGUGGAGGCUGCGCGGGGUCUGGCUGUGUGGAAUGAUGCAGAUAGGGCGCAGUUAGAGGUAAAGGUUCGUAAGGUCAUGGAAACGGUGGCUGCGUCAAGUCCUCAGUGGUGGGCGUGGAUGCUGCUUGUGCCACCAUUGGGGGUGACGGUUGCGGCGUGGAAUUUAUCUGUCAAUUAUCGAGAGAAGAAGAAGUGGGAGGAGAAGUUGGCGAAGGACCGGGCGAAGUUAUAA